CUUCUUGCACUGCAAUACUGCAUUUCCUCGUCGCCGACUUGAGAGGCAGGUUCCGGAUUCAGAAGCAGGGCCAGUUGCGCCCCUAUCAGGCGACUUGUUACACCUAGCCUGUGCAUAUUAUCAAGAGAGCACAAGUAUACUUCUGUGGCACGUUGCCAGAGGUGCUCUAAAGUUACUUGUUUUGGGGCGACAGCUUUCUGCUCUGAAGACUGCAGGCCUAUCCACAUCGCACAUAUACGUUACUGUUUGUCAACAGCAGCAUAAUUAAACGCUUGUGCGCUCGGGGUUGAGGAACUCGGCCGCUUCUUGACAGUCGACGCGGAGCUGCGCAAAUGGCCGAACCAAAGCCUGGACCUGGGCCUGGCGAGGGCAAUGAUGGAGUCAACGUGAAUGUGUUGCUUCGCUGCAGGCCUCUGAGCGACAAGGAAAUCGCUGAGAGGACCCCGCAAGUUAUUUCCUGCAAUGAGGCUCUGCGCGAGGCGACCCUCUAUAUCCAGAGCGUCGGAGGAAAACAGACGUCCAAGACGUUCCGCUUUGACAGGGUCUUCAGCCCCGAGUCCUCUCAGGAGAAGCUGUUUAAGCAGGCCAUCGUGCCCAUCGUCCAGGAGGUCAUGGAGGGCUUCAACUGCACUAUCUUUGCCUAUGGCCAGACGGGCACGGGCAAGACCUACACCAUGGAGGGCGGGCCGCGCCGCAGCGACGACGGCAAGGUGCUGUCCGCCGAGGCCGGUGUCAUCCCGCGCUCCAUCAAGCAGAUCUUUGACACCAUCGAGGCCAAUAACACCGACUCCACCGUCAAGGUCACCUUUCUUGAGCUGUACAAUGAGGAGCUAACGGACCUGCUGUCGACCUUCGACGACGGCAAAGAGGACGGCAAGCGCCUGCGGCUUCUGGAGGACCGCAGCGGUGUGGUGGUGCAGGGCCUGGAGGAGGUGGUGGUCAAGAGCGCCGCGGAAAUCUACCAGGUGCUGGACCGCGGCACGGCCAAGCGCCGCACCGCCGAGACGCUGCUAAACAAACGCUCCAGCCGCAGCCACUCGGUGUUCUCCAUCACCAUCCACAUGCGUGAGGUCACGCCCGAGGGCGAGGAUGUUGUUAAGGUGGGCAAGCUGAACCUGGUGGACCUGGCGGGCAGUGAGAACAUCUCUCGCUCCGGUGCCAAGGACGGCCGCGCGCGUGAGGCGGGCUCCAUCAACCAGUCGCUGCUGACGCUGGGCCGCGUCAUUACCGCGCUGGUGGAGCACUCGGGCCACGUGCCCUACCGCGACUCUAAGCUGACGCGCCUGCUACGCGAGUCGCUGGGUGGCAAGACCAAGACCUGCAUCAUCGCCACCAUCGCGCCCACGGUGCAGUGCCAGGAGGAGACCAUCAGCACGCUGGACUACGCGCACAGGGCCAAGAACAUCCGCAACCGGCCCGAGGUCAACCAGAAGAUCUCCAAGACCGCCAUGAUCAAGGAGAUGUCCAGUGAGAUGGAAAAGCUGCGCAUGGAGCUGAUUGCGCAGCGCGAGAAGAAUGGCAUCUACAUCUCCACCGACAAGUUCCAGGCGGACGAGCUGGAGCGCGUGCAGCUGCGCGACACCGUCAAGGCCCUGCGCGAGGAGAUGAAGCUGGAGCAGGAGGAGUUCGCCGCCACGCUGGAGCAACAGAAGUCCGAGUCGGACAAGGCCAUCAGCCGCCUGCAGUCGGAGCUGUCGGCCGCCAAGGCGGACCUGGAGUACAUGGACGCGCGGCUGCAGGAGGCCAGCCGCAGCAUCCACGAGCGCCAGUACAUCAUCACCGCGCAGCGGACGGCGGAGCAGGACGUGGCGGAGGCCGCCGAGGCAGUGCGCAUCGAGCUGGCGGCGGCGGCGCAGGACGUGGGCGUGCUGUUUGCCUCGCUGGAGGAGCUGUCGGACGUGCACAGCGGCGACCGUGACACCAUCAAGCACGUGCAGUCGCUGGUGGCGGAGCGGCUGGGCGGACUGGGCUCUAAGCUGACUGGCGCGGCGGAAGGCCAGCGCCGGCAGCUGGCCGGCCUGGGUGAGUCGCUGGCCUCGUUCAAGGCGCAGAAGGCGCAGGACCUGCAGCAGCUGCUGGGCCGCGUGGCGGCGGUGCAGGACACCGUGGCGGCCAUGCGCGACGCCGUGGAGCGCCAGGCCCAGGCCGCCGAGGCCGCCGCGUCCGCUGCUCUGGGCCGCAUUAACGAUGCCACCGGCUCGCAUGUGGCGGUGGCGGUUGCGGCGGCGCAGGGCCUGGAGGCGGCCACGCGCGGCGCCGUCGACGCGCUGGCGCAGGCGAUGGAGCAGCAGUCGCAGCAGCUGGCGGCUUUUACUCAGCAGCAGGCGGCGUCUUCAGAGGCGGCGUGCAAGGCGCUGCAUGAGGCCAUGGGCCGCCUGUCGGGCCGCUUCGAGGGCGUGCAGGCGGCGGCGGACCAGGCGGGGACUGUGGUGGAGGAGCGCACGGCAGCUCUGGGCGAGGGGAUGGGCUCGUUCGCGGAGCGCUACAAGGAGUCGUGCGCGGCGCAGCAGGCGGUGCUGAUGGCGCAGAUUACGGCGCUGGUGGCGGCGUUUGCGGAGGAGCGCGCGGGCGAGGUGGCGCGCGAGGUGACGGCGCUAAAGCAGCAGGCGGUGGAGGGCGGCAAGGUGGUGCGGCGCCAGCUGGGCGGCAUCGCUGGCACUGCCGCGUCCGCUCGCCAGGAGGUGCAGGAGGCGGAGGCGUCCCUGGCGAGUGGCAUGCAGUCGCAGCAGGGCCGCGUGCAGGAGGCCACCACCAGCCUCACGGCCUCGCUGCGCAGCACGCACGACCAGGCGCGGGCCAUCCACGCCGGCGUAGCGGGCCAGCUGGCCACCAGCAUCACCGCGCAGGAGUGUUUCAACAAGGGCAUGGGUCAGGCGUGCAGCAGUGGCAUUGAGGCGGUGCAGGGUGCCGUGCGUGCCUGCGUGACGGGCGCCUAUGAGGCGGCGGCGUCCGCGGCGUACUCUGCCACGGAGCUCUCGCGCGGCCUGGAGGAGCAGGCAGAGGCGGCAGCCGCAUCCACCGACACCUGGGUGGCGGCGUGCAGCUCCCUGGACGUCAACCUCACAGAUGCCUGCAGCCAGCAGGCGGACGGCAUGUCUGCGUUGGCUUCUGAGGCCGCGUCGCUGCUGCAGCAGCGCCUGGACGUGGAGCGGGCGCUGCCGCCGCCCGCCCAGCGCGACUUCAAUGUCCCGCAGGCGUCCGCGCUCAAGGAGCUGCGCUGCGCCCCGGAGGAGAAGUUGCUGGCGCGCUGCCACGCCGAGUUCCCGCAGGUGUUCGCUGCCGGCAUGGCUGCGCCGUCGAGCCCGCGUUCCAACACGUCUGCCGCCUCCAGCCCGCCGCUGCCCAGCGGCGGUGAGAACGUCACACCGCUGCAUCCGCAGGUGGCGCCGCUUGUGCCGCAGACCGCCGGCCAGCAGCAGGCCACCGGCAGCGUGCCGCCUUCGCCGCGCACCGGCGCCGGCACGGGCCUGCGCAGCCGCAUCCCCUCCAAGCCCUCACUCAUCCCGAGCUCGCCCGCCACUGGCAAGGAGCUGCCGCCAAACGUGACCUCGCGACAGCAGCUGGCUGACAAGACCAACAACAAGCAGUCCUCCAUCCUGGCGGACUGGUAGCCAGGAGCUGCUACCUGGUGUUAGCCGGCGUGAAGUCUGAGCACGGCCGUGGGCGGACGCGUGGAUGGCGGAAGUGUUGAAGGGAACAAGGAGCAGGGGUUUCUUGGGCGGGGUGGCGGGUGCUGUGUGGUGACACUGAGGUGGCUUUGGGCGAAGGGAGACUGUGCAAACGUGGACAGGUGUGAGGGAGCUGGCAGAGCCUGCAUGCCACUAGUAUCUACCAGCAGGUCCCGGUAGAGGGUGGUCGGCUACUGCUGUUGCAUUGGGUUCUAGAUUCAAGUCCUGAUUUAUGUCCGGACAUCAUCUAACAGCAGAUAUAGAACGAGACAGGGUGGGACUGCACAUGAAUAGACAGGAGAACGCACUGUACAAGGCCUGCAGGAGCAGUCCUGACACGCGCAAGUGAAUGGCUCCAGUGAAUCGAUGUAGUGUAACUAUCUCCAACG